CUUCGCAGCAGUAGAACCAUUCUUUCAUCAUUCCUGACUGCAAAAGCAUCUUAAAGAUGAAAACUGCAGCAAAUAUUCUUGGAUUAAUCUUUCUGUGGGGCUGUAUUGUUGGAGGAGGAAAAGCCCAAGAAUCGCUCUCUGACAAUGAAAUUGAUCAGGCUUUUGCAGCAAGUGAGAACUCUCUGGCAGCCUUAUUAGCUGGUAGUCAACAACAGGAAAAAGAACCAGCACAAAGAAGAAUGAGCCUGGAAGACUUCUUUCUCAAUCGCAAUGCUCAGCAACAAGAAGCAGCACCAGCUGCCCUCCAGCAGCUACCAGAAGCCCAGCUGCAAGUUCAGCAGCCGAAUCCUGACUCUGUACUUAUUCAGAGAGACACCAACCUCCCAGUGGUCAAUGGUGGCAUGCUUUCCAGAUUGCUUCUAGCAAGAAGGGUGCUGAGACUUCGAAGGAUGAUCAGGAGGAUGCUCAUCCUGCCAAGGAUUCUGCGACUGGGAAGACCUCUCCGACCUCUACGGCAGGUUGCUGCGGCGUCGCCUUUAAGGCUAUUCAGCAACAGAAUUGGUCAAGUCUACGAUGAUCCCUACGAUCCUAGAGAUUAUGUAUUUGGAAACAAAGGUUAUUUUGACACCAAUUUAGCACCCAGCCAAGAUACAAGUUAUAACAAAAAUAAACAAAAGCAAUCAUUCAGAAAUUAUGACCAUAUUGUAGAUCCAUAUGAAUUACCUUACGAUCAAAUCAAUUUGGAAAAUGAAAAAGCAGUAAACAAUUACGAAAUCGAUGAAGGAAAAUAUCAGUAUAGGAAUAAACAAAAGCAGACCCCUAACGAUAUUGACACAUAUGGCAAUAAUCAAGCUUAUGACAUACAAAAAAUUCAAGAACAGCUCCAGCUUUUGCAAAAACUUCAGCAACAGAACCAGCAACUUUCAAAUUAUCAAGAAAAUGAUAAGCAUGCAAAUUACAAAUCAUCCCAGAAAAAUCAACCUUUGGAUAGCCAGAUUUAUGAAGAUAGUCCACAAGUAGAAUAUGAAUCUAAUCACGAAGAAUAUGAUAACCCAACCGACAAUAAAUACGAUUCUCAGGCAAAUCAGCAAGCUUUGGAGAAACCUAAUAACUACAAACAGUCUUCUCAUGCAAAAGAAGUUGAUGAACAACAGCUCCAAUUGGCUCGCGAACAAAUCUUACAGCUACUUCGAGAACAACAAUUACAAAUACUUCGUGAUGAACAAUUGAAGCUGCAACAACUUCAACAACUGCAGUUAUUGCAACAACAACAAGGACAAGGUUAUAGCCAACCUCAGAACUAUGAUAAUCAGCACUCCAAUGCCGAAUCAGAAGAUCAAGGUCAUAAUUAUCAGGAACAACCCUACGAUCACCAGAAGCAAAACGUUGACGAACAACAGCAACACACGAAUGAUCAUGCAACUGAAGAUGGCGAAUAUGAAAAAUCUCAGACUGUAGGAAGCAAUGCUAAGUCUCACCAGCCUGGAGGUAAAGCUAUAGGAGUAGGAGUAAAUGUUGCUAUCAAGCCUCCAGCAGUUGAUAUUCAAGUUACGAAGCCUGUAUCUCCAAUUAUAAAACCUAUUCCCCCGAUAGUAAAUCCUAUAAUCCACAAGCCUGUAGCUUCUACACCUGUGCAAGAAACACUUGUACCAAUUGGUUUCUUACCAAAGCCAAUUUUAAAACUAAAUGGGCGUUUAUUUUUUGGAGCAGAGGCUGGUAAAGGUGUAACAAUCGGUUGAUAAGGAGUUUUAUAUGCAAGAAAAAAUCUACACUUUAGUAGGUAGAGAUGGCCUUAGUUUCUUCCUGGAACGAAGCCAAAACUCCAACUAAUCUGGAGAUCUAUUUGCCAAGUCGUAGAAUUAGCCAACCAAUUCAGGAGCGAUAGGAAUGAGGUAGAUAGAAGUUUCUCAUUUAAAUGGAACUUAGAACAUUCUUCUUAACUUUGGAAUAUCGUGGCAAAUAUUUUUAGCUCCUUGAGCCAUUCUUGUGUCUUACUGUUGUUUGUACAUACUGGUGAUGAGUUUAAUUUAUUGAAACAUGCAUGGCAGAAUUUAUUAAUUACAGAUAAUGAAAAAAGUUGAGAAAAUUACAGAGUUUAAUUUCCUUGGUUCUCGUAAAUUUCAGAAUUUCUCAUAAUAAAAAUCAGUCCAAGCUUUUCUGAUGCUGAGAUGAAUAAAAUAUAAUCUUUUAAAAAUUAAGCAAUCCAAUAAAGAUUGAGAAAAUAAUGAAUGUAAAAUUUAUCGAAUGAUAGAAAUGCUCAAUUUCUGAAUACUUAUUAAUGAAAAUAUCAUAUAUAUUACUUUCCUUACUUUCAUAUAUCUAUCAAACUGUAAAAUUAGAUAGAAAUUCUGCUUCAUAGAUGUACAAUAAUGAAUUAUUUUCUUGAUAUCUUAGCCAUAUGGUCAUCCUAAAACCACAGAUAUGUUUUUUAAAAAAGGAAAGAAUUAAACUAGAUACUAUUAAAUCUUUAUAGAUAAAUGUAAUUACUAUAGUAGAUUUUUCUUAGAGCUUAUCAAUUAUUUUUAGAUAAAAUUUAUCAAACCAACUGUCUAUAUCUUAACAAAAGUUUCAAAAUAUCUCCAAUAAAAGAAAUACUAGGAUAUUCAACUAAAGAAACUUAACGAUUCAAUAAGUGGUAAAAUUUAUAACGAAGGCUUGAAUUUCUGGAUAUGAAUAAAUUGAUCUAACUGAAUCUAAAUACAUGAAUAAAAACUAAUAAAUAUGUAUAUCUCACCCACUUUAAGAAUUUGUAAUUAUAUUUAUAUUUCGAGCAUUUUCAUUUGUA